AUGAAGUUCAAUCAAAACCUCAUACUGCUGGCAUUGCUUGCCAUCGGCUCUUCCGCAAGUGUCAUAAAACGAGAGCCAAUUCCAACCGCAGUAGCCGACGCUUACAAAGAAGAAUAUGAUCCUUACAAGCAAGGCGGUAAAGACUACGAUCCUUACAAGCAAG